ACUAUUAAUUGGGUCUGCUUAGCUUUUAUUUGUUUUGAAUGAGGUUCCUUCAUUUGUUGUUUCAUGGAAGUUUUGAGAUUUUCUUUUGGUUGGUGGGUAAACUGUCCGAGGUAUUAUGCGUUUUAUUUUGCAGGGAUCUCCUAUACAAGCCUAUUGUACUUGCUUGUGGCCACAUUUCAUGUUUCUGGUGUGUGCAUCUUGCCAUGAAUGGCUGGAAAGAAUCUCAUUGUCCAAUUUGUAGGCAUCCAUAUAAUAAUUUCCCUAGCAUCUGCUUGAUGCUCCAUUUCUUGCUCUUGAAGAUGUAUCCUGUGGCCUAUAAGAGAAGGGAAAAACAAGUGCUAGAAGAAGAAAAGAAAACCGGCGACUUCUCUCCUCAGAUUGAUGACCAUUUUAGCAGAACACAAAUUAAUAAAGAACUGUAUCUCCUCAGUUAUCCUUCACAUUCUUCCACCAGUUCUCAGACAGACGUCUACUCGGACAGUUUUUCCACAACCAUCAGUGGUAACACUUCUGAAUGGGACACCGAAACCACUAAAAAGCUAGCUGGUGAAGAAAAUGAACAAAAUCGAACUGCAACUUGCAAGCAGGUUUUGGUCUCUGAUUUAUUAUGUGCUGCGUGCAAGAAACUGCUCUUUCGACCUGUAGUUCUUAACUGUGGCCAUGUAUAUUGUGAAUCCUGUGUUGCUACUCUUGGGGUUGAAUUGCUUAGAUGUCAAGUUUGUCAAAGUAUCCAUCCAAAAGGGUUGCCAAAAGUAUGUUUGGAGCUUGAUCAUUUCUUGGAGGGGCAAUUCCCCAAAGAAUAUGAGCCAAGGAAAGAGGCAGUUCAUUCCUGUCAAAGUGGAAGUGCAUCAGCUCCUGCAACACUAGAUGGAAAGCAAGGUGUGCAGUCAUCGUUUUCGCCUAGAAACUUGUUUUCUUGGUGGAGAGAGAAUGGGCCAAAAGUUCAUGUGGGAUUUGGUUGUGAUUCUUGUGGGAUGUUACCUAUAAUUGGAGAGAGAUACGGAUGCAAAGAUUGUGUGGAGAGAAUAGGCUUUGAUCUGUGUGGAGAAUGUUAUAAUACUUGCUCCAAGCUUCCAGGCAGAUUCAAUCAACAGCACACACCUGAGCACAAGUUCGAGCUUAUUCUACCAGAAAAAAUGCAAAACUGGAUGCUGAGGGUGCUGGCAACAAUAUAUGAUGGUGAUUCUGCUUCUGUUCUCUCUGGUGAUGCUCCGCCUGUUCCUUUUCAUGAUGAUGCUCUAGAAGUUACAGAAUAUGUGUCUGUUGCUCCCAUCGAUUCCCAUGAUGCCCCAGAGGAUCAGGAAGAUGCUUUGCCUGUUCCCCUGCUCUUUGAUCAUGAUCCAGAGGUUGCAGAUAAUGGUUCUGGUUCUCACAUCCCUUCUGAUGAUACUUCAGUGGAUCCAGAAAGCACUCAUACCACCAUCUAAAAUUGUAAGUGACCUCAAACAUACUUUGAGAGUGUCUGGCUCUAAGGAAGGGAAAUUAUUAUGCGUAUGACUGAUUUCUCACCCUGAAUUUAUCCUUGAAUUAUUGCCCUGGAUGACAAAAUAAACAUGAAGCAUUGCACAUUGGAUUUCUCAUUUCCUUUUUCCCUUUCUUACUCAAAACAUUUAGUAAACGAAAGCCAUACUGUUGUGAUUGGUGUAACUUAUAUAUAGAUAUCAGCCACAUAAGCCAAAUCAGACCUGCCUCAUUAC